UAUAUACAUAACAAAUUUCUUCUAGUCCUUUCAUUCAUGCAAACAAACAAGUACUGCAUUCAACCAAAAACACCUGCUCUCAUAUACUUUUUUUCUCACUCCUAACAACAUAAAUAAGUGUUUUAAACAACAUUAACUAUAUGUACAUCACCAAUGGGUUAGAUUUUUCGCCAUUACUAUGGAUUACCUACUGUAGUAAUACUAGCACCUUUGCAAAACCGUUGAUAUCCCGUAACUAAGGAGACUCUUAUUCCUUUUCCAUAAUCAUUUACGAUUACUUACCAAAAAGUUUUUCUAGAUUCUAUUUUAGGCAAAGCAUGAGAUUAACUUAGAGAAAAACUGGAUAUUCGACUCGACAUUGCUGUUUCUGCAUGAAUGUUCAAGGAUUAACAAAAGACUACCAAGUUGUUGGAUUCAUAUCCUCUGGAACUUACGGGAAAGUUUAUAAAGCUAUAUCAACAAACCCAGAGGAAAAGCACUUAUUUGCUAUUAAGAAAUUCAAAGCUGAAGCAAGAAAUGCUGCUCCCAAUGCCCCGCAAACAGGUAUAUCUCAAAGCACGAUACGUGAGAUGAUGCUUUGUAGAGAAAUGCAACAUGAAAAUGUUGUAAAGUUGGUUCAAAUAUUACUAAAGGAUGGAACCAUUAGCAUGGUGUUUGAAUACGCUGAGCAUGAUCUAUUGCAACUAAUCCAUUAUCAUAGCCGAAUGCGGACGAGGAAAAUACCCCCCUCAAUUGUAAAAAGCAUCAUGUGGCAGCUUCUAAAUGGCCUUGCUUACCUUCAUGAAAACUGGGUCAUACAUCGCGAUCUAAAGCCUGCAAACAUUAUGAUAACAGCUUCAGGAAAAGUAAAGAUUGGUGAUCUUGGACUUGGGAGACUAAUACGUGAUCCUCUGCUUCCACUUUAUGCUAGCGAUCGUGUUGUAGUUACCAUAUGGUAUCGUGCUCCUGAAUUAUUAUUAGGAGCUAGAGAUUAUACUCCUGCUAUCGACAUAUGGGCUAUUGGUUGUAUCUAUGGAGAAAUCCUUGCUUUGACUCCUUUGUUCAAAGGUGAAGUAAAAAUGGAAUCCAAAAAAGUGAUUCCUUUUCAACGUACACAAAUGCUACGGAUAAUGGAAAUAUUAGGAACACCUACCGUAGAAAGGUGGCCAGAUCUUAAAUAUUACCCUGACUACGAUCAACUCUCAACUUUCGAAGUGAAAUAUUGGAACAACUUGCUUCCUCAGUGGUAUCGCACCGAUAAGACUAGAGAUCCCAAGGGUCUCGAUUUGCUUAUGAAGCUGCUCGAAUAUGAUCCUAAAGGACGGAUAACUGCCAAAGAGGCAAUUCAGCAUCCAUUUUUUACAGAGGACUCUGACUGGAGCACUACACCUUUUCUUGAUCAGGGUAUUCAAUAUCCAGAAAGAAGAAUCUUACAAGACGAUUCAGAUGUUCCGCCUGUGAAACGGACGCUAAAUACAAACGUUCGUCUUGACACGAAACGUGUAAAAAGAAACUAA